UUUGACGUUUGGGAACGGAGCACGAUGGCCGACGACGCGCAGCAGGUCUUCUACUUUGAGGAAAUCCCGAUCGAGGACGAGACCGAAGACGGCGCUGCCAAGGAGGCUGUCGCUAGCUACAAGCGCGUCGACAGCGCGGUCCGCGGCGACGUCCCGGCCAAGCGAGGCGGCGCGACGCUCUCGGUGGUGGAGGCCAAUGGCGAGAAGCUGCUCUACUUGAUCGGCGGCGCGAACCGAGAAGCGCGCAUGUUCAAUGAUGUCCACGUGUACAACGUUGGCACCGGCGCGUGGAGCCAAGUGUACGUGACCAACAGCGCGGUCUUCCAAGCACGCAGCGGCCACUCGGCGGUGGUUCUCGGCACCCGCAUAUUCGUCUUUGGUGGUCUCAACCUCCCGCUACAAACCACAUUCAAUGAUGUGCACAUCUUGGACACGGCAACCAAGUCGUGGUCGACGCCGGUCGUGCAAAAUGAUCCGCCGCGGCCACGCAACGCGCACAUUGCCAUGGCCACGACGAAAGGCAUGGUCGUCUUUGGCGGGUCGUCUCCAACCGACGGUCCCAUGAGCGAUGUCUUCCUCCUCACGGUGCACGAGCCGACGCUGCGAUGGGUUCGGAUCGACUGCAACGGGCCGGUCAUGGCGCCGCGCGAGCUUCACGCAGCGGUGCUUGUAUCGCUACCGACGGAGCGCAUCUACGUGAGCGGCGGACGGCUCCAAGACGGACAGCUCUGUCGCGAAGUGGCUACGCUGGAUGUCGCCUCCUGGACGUGGACGAUCCAAUCGAGUGGCGAGUUUCGACGCUGCGGCCAUGUGAUUGGCCUCCUCGAUGCUGCGUGCAUCGUCCAGUAUGGCGGCUGGGACGGCGGCAACGGCUUUUGCAACGAUUGCUGGGAGCACCCAUUAGGCGACGACGGGCAGCUCGCACCUGCGACGCUCGAAGAAGCGCGAAGCGGCGACCACGUCCUGCUCGAGGACGGCGCCGACGUCGUCCAUGACGGCGGGCGACUGGGGCACACGGCGUGCGUCGUCGACACCCGCCUCUUUGUCUUUGGGGCAUGACAAUCGCAGACGACCUCGACGACCUCUGGCACCUGGCGCGCUGCUAACGCUCGUGGAAAACGAGAAGGAUGUAAAAGGCUCUAUCAGAUUGGACUCUCGACAUAUUAUAUAUACUGGCGGCUAGACCUUUUCGACGCCAACGACUUCUUUGAGGACGUCGUAGACUGUGAGGCUAAUGCCGGUCGAGAGCGGUCCCUAAUGCAUCAUCCACAUUCCGAUGAGUUGC